AUGGUUCGCCCUGCAGCCUCCUGGGAGAACAAGCGCAUCGCCCUCGCCUUCGCUCACAUGGUCACCUCCCCCGCUCCCUUCUCCGGCCCUGCCCGCCAGUCCGUCUGCCGCACAGGACGGUUCAGCGUGUACGACGCGCUGAGCGCCUGCUGCCCGAUGUCGGUGAUCAACAACGACCCAUACGACGGCAAAUACGGGCUGCGGGCGAUCGAGUUCUACAAGGUAGUAGAGAGCAACGGCUUCGUCAAGGUCCGGCACCAGCGGCCGAGGGGCAAGAGCGAGCUGUCCUCGUCGUCGGGGUCGUGGGAGGCUUGCACAGAGGAGGUCCGGUACGUGUACGCGGGGAGGCGCUGGAGAGACCCCAGCAGCGAGGAGGACAUGCAGAGCCUGAGGGGGGCGUGGGAGGAGCUGGCGGGGAGCUCGACCAUCUUCGCGACGCAGUGUCCAUGGGAGCGGGUGGUGAGGGUGUGCGAGGAGUACAGGAGGGGAUGGGCGGAGUACCAGGCGGGGCUGUUGCGGCCGCUGCCGGGCUUGACGAGGAGGCCGGGAGAGGAGGCGAAAGGAGGAGGGAAGCGACGGCGACUGGACGAGGCCGGGCGGAGCUCGCCGGGUUCUAGCACGCCUGAGGAGGCGGCGGGGUCAAGAUGGGAAGCGGGAGAAGAAGACUUGGAGGAGGACGGGUGGCACGGGGAUGUACUGGAUUCAAGUCCGGACCCUCAGAUGGACGGGGGGGAAGUGCCGCAGUGGAAGGAGCCAGCAAAUGCGGGAGACUUUGCCUGGUCAUCGGCUACUACGGGGGACAUGAGCUUGCCGUCAUCGGAGGAGUUUCUACAAGGAGCAAUUCUUACUUCAGUCUGGGAGACCGAGGGUACCUUGGGCGUGGGGGAUGAUGAGCACAGCAAGGUGGAGCUUCAUGGGAGGUGGGCGCGGCGGGGGGACAGGGACUGCGAGGGGGGCGAGUCAGAGUCGAGAGAGCUUCAGGACAGCCUUGAAAGGUGGAUGGAGGGAGGAAUCAAGGUGGAGGACAUCGUGUCAUGUUUCCUAUCGAUGGAUGAGAUCAUGUAG